AUGCGCAAUCUUCUGUGGUGGGCUGCCGCUGCGGCAACAGCCUCGGCGAUUGCGAUACCGUCGUCCGCUGAAAGAGAGGUCCAAAAAAGAGAUACCUGUACUCCCGUUGCUUCAACUCCCACGAGCUACUGGCUGCUGGAUCAGGAUCAUACCGGAUAUGUGCGUGGAUACGCUCCCGAAGUGUCUAACGCGAAUUAUCCCGUGUGGCGCAACGUCCAAGACUACUCAGCUUCAGCAGACGGCUCUGGUGAUCAGACCCAGAGCAUCCAGAACGCGAUCAAUGACGACGGAUCCAAUGGGAGCCGCGAGGGCCAGGGUGUGACCAGAUACCCGGCCGAAGUCUUCCUGCCCGGCGGAACAUACCAGCUUGGGAGCACUUUGAACCUGCGUGUGGGCACCAUCAUCACCGGCGAUCCAUUGAACCCGCCCGUUCUGAAAGCCUCUGCCGACUUCAACGGUGACACUGUCGUCAAUGGAUUCGACAGCGGCAACGGCCAGCCGGAGACGAGCUUUAUGACACUUAUGCGCAACGUCGUCAUUGAUACCACCGCGCUCAGUGCCGAUACUGAGAUCACUGCGCUGCAAUGGGGCGUGGCUCAGGGUUCUGGCUUGACCAACAUCAAGAUCAACAUGCCGACCAGUUCGACAGGACACACGGGCAUUAACAUCAACGCGGGCUCGACCAUCGCCGUCACCGAUGUAGACAUCACCGGGGGUGUUGUCGGCAUCAAAAACUCCAACCAGCAAGUCAACUUCAAGAACAUCUACUUCAGGAAGUGCACCACGGGCUUUUUGGCCUCCGGCGGCCACACGGCUCUGCUACAGAGUGCAACCUUCGACACGGUUGGAUUCGGCAUCGACAUGACCAGCAAUGGCCUCGGAAGCAUGGUGCUUCUCGACUCCAAAUCCACCAACUCAGGCACCGUCGUGAAAUUCCACGAUUCGUCGAACGACAGCGGUAACCGCAACAGCCAAUUGCUCAUCCAGAAUCUCGUCCACGAUACCACAAAUGCGAUCGCAGUCGACAGCAACAACAAUGUGAAACUCGCUGCCGCGGCCACGAUCGACACUUGGGUCUGGGGCAACGUCACCCCGGGUCAGUACCAGUCGGGCACGAAAUUCUCAACCAGCCGACCCGACGUGCUCCUGGAAAACGGCAAAUACUUCAUGCGUAGCCAGCCGACGUAUGCCGAGUAUGCUGCGGAUCAGAUUGUGAAUGUCAAGGCUGUCGAUGGCUAUACAGUCAAGGGUGAUGGGUCAACCGACGAUGUUGCCUCUCUGAACGCCAUCCUGGCAGACAAUGCAGCCAACUGCAAAAUCACCUACUUCCCAUACGGCGUGUACACAGUCAAGGAUACUCUGAAGAUUCCUGUGAACUCGCGUAUCAUGGGCGAGGCCUGGGCCGUGAUCUCGGGUGCCGGCGAUGCGUUCAAGGAUGCCUCGAAUCCCAAGCCAGUCGUCCAGGUUGGCCAGGCGGGCGACACGGGAGUUAUCGAGAUUCAGGAUAUGCGAUUCAGCGUGGGUGAGAUUCUCCCCGGCGCGACUAUCCUCGAAGUGAACGCCGCGGGCCAAACCCCCGGGGACGUGGCGCUGUGGAACACCAUGGUGACGGUGGGUGGAACAGCCGAGACCAGCAUCAAAGACGACUGUGACAACCAGGAUACGUCACAGUGCAUGGCCGCCUUCCUGAUGAUGCACUUGACUGCGUCGUCGUCUGCCUAUAUCGAAAACUUCUGGGGCUGGACCGCGGACCACAAUCUUGACGGCGGCUCCUCGAAGACGAUCAUCUCAACCGGACGUGGAAUUCUGGUAGAAGCCACCAAGGGUACUUGGUUGACAGGAACCGGAGCUGAGCACAACUGGCUGUAUAACUACAACUUCCACGGGGCGCAGAACGUUUACGCCGGCAUGCUUCAGAGCGAAAGCCCCUACAUGCAGGGCGAUGGAGCCACCCAGACUGCCCCGGCGCCCUGGACAGCCGAGUCAGCUAUCGGCGACCCUGACUUUUCCUGGUGCGAUGCCGAUGACCAGAAGUGCCGAACAUCUCUGGCAACCAACGUGGACGGUGGGAAGGACAUCCUGCUCUAUAAUAGCGCGGCCUGGGCCUUCUUCAAUGGCGAGUGGACUGGUGACUACACUACCCAGUGCGAUGGAUCGUGUCAGACGAAUAUGAUGCGAGUUGCCAACAGCCCGGACAAUCUUGUGUGGUACUCGAUAGGUACCAGGAAGACGGAUGUGAUGGUUUUGGAUGGCCAGUCCAAUCCCACCGAAUACAACCACCCCGGUGGUUGGGAGGCAGUCCUGCAGGCCUAUAGACAGUUCGCGUCUUAA